GAGGAGCGCCCCCGGCCACCCCUCCUCAAUGGACCCCCCAAAUGCGCAUGCGCACUUGGGUGGCGGGCGGAUACUUAAGGCGCGGCCACCGCGGCUGCGGCAGUGCGCCCAACAGCGGACUCCGAGAGAUCGGCGGACCUUGGCGAACCGCGCUCGCUCUCAACCACUCACCCACCACUCUCGGAACCAUGGCGGCAGUGGCGGCAGCCUCAGCUGAGCUGCUCAUCAUCGGCUGGUACAUUUUCCGCGUGCUGCUGCAGGUGUUCCUGGAAUGCUGCAUUUACUGGGUAGGAUUCGCUUUUCGAAAUCCUCCAGGGACACAGCCCAUUGCGAGAAGUGAGGUGUUCAGGUACUCCCUGCAGAAGCUGGCUUACACGGUGUCGAGAACCGGGCGGCAGGUGUUGGGAGAGCGCCGGCAGCGAGCCCCCAACUGAGGCCCCAGCCCCCAGCCCUGGGCGGCCUUGUCACCAGGUGCUCCUGUGCUUCUCGGUCAGCAUGGGAGCCAGUGCCGCGCAGGAAUGGGGGGUCCCCUGUGCUCUCUCGCCAGAGGAGCAUUUGCCAAGGUCAGUGAGGGGCCGGUAGGCCCCCCGGAGAAGCAGCACCGACAAUGACGACAAUACCAGAUCCCUUCCAAACCCCUUUGCACCCCUCCAACUGCGGGGCGGGGUAGAGGGAGGAGGG